UACUUAUUGACAAGUUUGUUCAAGUUUGUACAUUAAAUUUUAGCAUAGAUAGCAUUGCAUUCUAUAAAAUUCAAAGAUGAGCGAUAAAAAUAUGAAGAAUCAAAUCCGUCCAAUAACUCGAAAUUUGUCGAGACCAGCACCACCACGAUUUUCUGAAGUUAAUAAAAGUGCAGGCAAUCUCAAGACAACAUUCAAAACCAGUGUUUUGGCAUUCCAGUCAGUGAAGAAAGUUAAGAUCACACAUUACGAGAAGGGCCCAUUUAUGUUUUAUGUUCAACUAGAGUCAUCUGAUAAUGAUUUCAAAAAGUUUUCUGAGAAACUUCAGAAAGCAGAACUUCGACAUUUUAAAGACAGUCCAAACUCAAUCGGAUUAGCAUGUCUUGCUAAACAUGAGAAACAAAUUUACCGCGCCGCUAUUGCAAAAAUACCUCAGAAUUCAUCACAAAGUAAUUUCUACGUAAAUUUCGUAGAUUUUGGCUACAAUGCAUUCAUUAAAGAAGAAAAUUUAUUUCACAUUCCGGAAGAAUUUGCUGAUCAAACAACAUUCGCAAUUCCUUUUUGUCUCAAUCGAUAUGACUCUAAAGAUAUGCAAGCAUCGCCUGAAGAAUUACAGUUUUAUUUCCGGUUAUUGACAGAGAAUCAAAUGAUGACUUUGAAAUGCGUUCCGUCAGAUGGACCUCCAAUCUCACAAUACUGUGAGUUAUUUGAUGAUAAUAAGAUAAGCAUUUAUGAGAAGUUGAAACGAUGGAAUCCAUACAGCAAUGAACUUAAAUUUCUUCCUCAGCCAAAGCUUGACUUGAAAACUCCUUUAAAAGUCAAAGUUUCUUAUGUUGAUUCGACAAAAGAAUUUUAUGUUCACGUACAACAACCGGACAUUGUGAAUGCAUAUGAUUCUCUUUGUGAUGAUUUAUUCAAAUUUAUGUGUCAUGCUCCACUUUAUCGAUAUCCGAAAGUAGGAAGUUGCUGUGCAGCUUUUCUCAGUGAGGAAUGGUAUAGAGUUCAAAUCGUUGGCAUUAAAAAUAACAUUGUACAAGUCAAAGUCGUUGAUUUUGGAAUUGUCGAAGAAGUAACUCCGAAGCAAGUUCGUUUGCUGCCUGAAUACUUUUUCAAGGAUCCCCCAUUCGCUCAUCAAGCUUUCUUAAAAGGAUUCGAAAAUAUGGAGAUUUCUGAUAAUAUCAGCACACAAUUUGACAUAUUUUGCGGUGAUGGAACAGGUGAAAGAAAAACAUUCAAGAUGACAGCUCAUGAAAUCGUCAACAACUCUUAUUCAGCUGAAUUAGAAGAUACAUCAGUAAUGCCUAGUGUAAAUGUUAAUAAAUUAUUGCUUAAAAAUAGUCGUCCGUUGAUUGAAACAAUUCAACUUGAAAACGCAAUGAAACGUCAAAAGGAUUCAUCGAAAAAAGACGGACGAACAACGAAAGCAACUUCAAAUGACAAUCUUGAUCAAAACCGAGGCAAUAAUUCCACACGUGGUGGUCCAGGAAUUAAUUUUGUUAGCAAAGGUUCCCAGAGAAAUAACAUCAACAGUCAAUCUGAUACAAGCAAAAUGCAACAAAGUCAAAGAACUCAUUUUGGAAAAGUAAUAAGAAACGAUGGCAGCGCAUCGAAUACUCAGAAGUCUCCUGAUAGAUCGAAUGUUCAAAAACAAAAGAAUGACAACCAAAAAUCUGGUUGGGUUUCAACUCUUCUUUCCAUCAAUACAGCAUUUGUUCACUAUGAUGAACACAUUGAAGGAUUGGAAAAGAUUCUGGAUGAAAUGUUUGCAUUCUAUGAGAAUAAAAACUCUCGGCCAGUUCUGAAGGAUCCACAAAUUGGGAUGGAUUGUGCAACUCGCAGUAAUGAUGGCAACUGGUAUCGGAGUCGUAUCGGAGCAUUUCAAGCAGGUGAUAAAAUAAAAGUCUUCCAUCGUGAAUACGGAAAUUCUGAGAUUAUUCACAAAUCCAAAGUUCGAGUACUAGACGACAAGUUUGUGAAGAUUGGCGAUCUUGUUGUGGAAUGUUUCUUCUUAAUAAAACCGAAUGAUCCCAAUGAUAAAUAUUUGUUCAAUGAAAUGUUGAAGAUUUUUGAAAAUGGUGCAAAAGAGUUCACAUUUAAAGUCGUUCAACCAUUUAAAAGUGGAUUCAUAAUAGAACCAAUUGACCAGAUCACGAAUAAGAAUGUCAUCGAUGAGUUAAUUAAACGUAAAAAAGCUCAGAAAAUUUCGUUGGAUGAACUUGAAAAAAUUUUGAAUUCUUGUGGUGCUGAGAAAGAUGAAUCUGUGAAUGAUAAAGCUGCAAGAAAAUCGCCUGAAAAAAGAAAGAAAAAUAACAAAAUUGCUAGUAAACCAAUUGAAAAAUCAUUAGAGGUAAACCAAGAACCAGAGGAAAAGAUAUCUUUGGAAACAACUGAAAAUGUCAAAGAAGAAAAAGUUGCAGUAAAAAUUACGGCAAUUACAAGUCCAACAGAUUUCUAUAUUUCUCGAGUUGAUGAUUUCAAUGCGUUCAAACAAUUCCAUGCUGACAUUCAAAUUAUUGCAUCAAAUGCUUCUACUUUGAAAGUGUUUGAAGAAGGCACACUAUGUUUAGCUAAGCAACCAUUUGAUUCUUGUUGGUAUCGUGCAAAGAUCAUUGACAAUGAUGAAAAUGAUCAAAACAUCAUGGUGACUGUUCGAAGUGUUGAUGAUGGAAAAACAUUUUCAGUUGACGACAAAUGUUUAAAGGUAAUGCCAAAUGCACUAGAAGAGAGAAAAUUCUUUGGUAUUUUAUGUUCAUUGCCUGUACGACUUGAGAGAAAGAAUGAAGACAAUGCAACAACGAUGAUGAUAACACUCAUGGAUAAUGUGCUUCAUUCUUUAUUUGUAUGCAAACAACGAAUGGAAAAGAAAUGUUAUAUCGAUUUGUUCGUUGAGUCUGAAAGUCUAACUGAGAAGUUAAUUCAAAACGGAUUCGCACAUCGUUUAGAUACGAUUGAAGAUGGACGUGGUUAUACAUCGCAUAUCAAUUCAUUGUCUUCAUUUUAUCUUCAAUUUGAGAUUGAUCAAUUGAAAUUGGAUCUAAUUUCACAAUACUUUGAAGAAACUAAGGGCAACUUUGAAAAAAUUGAUGGUAAAGAAGGUGACAUCGUUGCAGCGCUUUUUCCAGAUGAUAAUUGUUGGUAUCGUUCGAAAAUCGAAUCAAUUGAGGAUAAAUCAUUCAUGGUAAAGUUCAUCGACUUUGGAAAUGUUUGUCUUGUUGAGAAAAUUGGUUUAAUAGCCGAACAAACAAUAAUAGAACUUCCUGCAAUGUCUAAACAUUGUUGUUUAUCUAAACCAAAAGGGAUAAAAGAUUACAGUGAAGCUGCUGAAAAGAAAUUUAUUGAGAUCUGUGACAAUGGAGCAACUAUAGUCAAUGUAUCCAUGGUUGAACCGGGAAAUCCAGUUGAAAUAGAUAUUUCAGUUGACGGAAAGAAUAUUGCAGAAGAUCUUAUGAUAUUAUCUGAACCAUUUGAAAAUAAUAUAAUGGAAUCAUCAAGUGAUUGAAUAUUUAUUUAUUUAUCAUCUUCCCAUCUUUGUGCCUUAAAUUAAUUCAUUGUCUUCCUGAAUUUAUUCGAAAUCAUGCUCAUGCACUGAAAGCCUCCCUGAAUGAUUUCAAAUCUGUUUUUUUUUAUUACCUAUAUGCCUUUAACUAAUUCGUACUGAUUAACCAUUUUGUAACUAAAUAACUUGCAAUAUAUUGAAAAAUAAAUAAAUAUUUUUAA